GUGAGAGCGCGAGCGAGAGUGAGUGCUCGAGGUCCCAGACCCCAUGGAGAGGGGAAAGGGAAGAAGCUGCACGCGACCCGGCGUCACCGCGAGCGCGCUCGUGUAGGGUGCACGCGCACCGAACGUCACCAAGUGGAAACGAGGCAAGAGCUUGUUUGUUCGACGCCAGGAGGCGGCUGUGGAGCGAUUAAAGAUUGUAAUAUAAAAUAAAAUCUUCAGGGUAGUCGUCAAUUCCGAGAUAUUAAAUUAGUCAGUGGGGAAAUAAAACAGCGUCGUUCUCCUCUGGCCGCUGUCCCAGGCACCCUUCGGAGCAGUGAACAAUUGGAAUCACAUCAUGUGGAUUACUGCCAGUUUCAUUAAGCAUUUUUGAAAUGGCUGAGAAAGAUCGAAAACCAGAUGUACCUGUUGUUCCAGGGCAGGUGUAUAUUGAGGUGGAGUAUGAUUAUGAGUAUGAGGCAAAGGAUAGAAUAAUUUCAAUAAAGGAAGGUGAAAGGUAUAUCUUAUUAAAGAAGACAAAUAAUGAUUGGUGGCAGGUUAAGAAGGAUGAUAGUUCAAAGCCUUUUUAUCUUCCAGCACAAUAUGUUAAAGAACUACCUCGUAAGGCAUUAAUGCCACCAGUGAAAUGUGUACCCAGUUCUGUUAAAGCCAAAUCUGCUAGUUUAGGUGCAGAUGCCAAGCUACAGCAGGUGUCAAAUGAAAAUGUCUCCAAAUCACCAGAUUAUAUGAGUGCUUUCAAGUCCUCUAUGGGGCAAUUACAAAUUAAGACAUCAUCAGAGAACCAGCCGACUAAUCUGAACACCAGCCAAAUACAAAACGAGGAUCAGGUUCAAGGGAUGGUCCAUUUACAUUCUGGAAUCCAAAAUAGUGUCAAAGCUGGAAGCCAGAGUCAUGGACAUGGUGAAGGUGAAACGCAGUAUUCACGAAUUACAGAUCCAAACCGAAUCCUGGUGCAUUCACAGGAUCUCGAUGCAAUGGAGGGAGAUAAACUAGUUCAUGAACAUUCAUCGGAAUGGACGCCAGAGAGUUCAGAAAAGCAUCAAGACUCUGAAUCUGGAGAUGAAUGCAGUAGUAGUUCCACAGAGCAGCUACAGACAGUACCACCUGUGAGAUCAGAAUCUCCAGUCUAUGCAAAUUUACAAGAACUGAAAAUAUCUCAAGCUAACCUACCCCCCAUUCCCACCAGUCCUCCCAUGCAAGUUCAUGGUGAAUGGGAGGUGCAUAAAGAUAACACAGGACGCACAUUCUAUUACCACAAGGGAACACAAGAACGAAGCUGGAAGCCGCCUCGAUGGACGAGAGAUUCUGUAAAUAAAGAGUGUGAUAACCAAGGCGAUUCUCUGAACCGUGGAUAUCACAUCACGGAAGAGAACUGUCGCAGCUUUUACUCAAGCCACUCUGAUAAUCAGUUUGAUUUGCCACCACGUGGGUGGUCAGAAGAAUUGGAUGAUCGUGGCCAAACUUUGUAUGUUAAUGAAUAUACUAAUGAAAAGUGGAUGAAACAUAUUGAUGAUCAAGGUCGACCAUAUUAUUAUCGUGCUGAUGGAUCCAAAUCUGAAUGGGAAUUGCCGCAGUACAACUUCUCAGCAAAACAGCAAGAAGUUAUUAGCAAAAGCAGAAGCUUGGAUAGAAAGCCAGAACCUUUAGUAUUGACAAAUUGGCGACACAGCACAUAUGGUGUUAGUCACUUGGACCUUGAAAAGUUCACUUCCAAAAAGCACAAGCGCAAUUCCUCUGAACAUCUCUGUGCUCCAUCAUCGCAUUUGUUUUCGCAGCACCCUGAUCAAGAACUUGCUACUAGUCCGAAGCUAAUCCACGACAACAACAAUGAACCACCUUCCUCACCAAAGGGUCCACAGCCUUCACCAACUGUUUCAGAAAAAUAUGGAUUGCUUUAUAUGACAAAAAUCACAGAGAAUGGCAAAAAAGUCAGGAAGAAUUGGACAUCAUCUUGGACAGUCUUGCAAGGUUCAUCUCUGCUAUUUGCUAAAAAUCAAGGCAGUGGAACUGGAUGGAAAUUUGGUAACACACAAUCUAAACCUGAGUUCACUGUGGAUUUAAAGGGGGCUGCAAUUGAAUGGGCUUCAAAAGAUAAAUCGAGUAAGAAGAACGUUAUUGAGCUCAGAACACGUCAAGGAACCGAGUUACUGAUUCAGUUAGAUAAUGAUAAUCUCAUCAAUGAAUGGUAUAAAGCUCUUGAAGAGACCAUUAGUAGUCAGACAGAGUCUGAUGAAGAUGAUAUGCCAGAGUCUCCAGUCAUUGAAAAGCAGGAUAAAGAUAAAAAUAAUAAAGAUUUAAAGAAAUCACGACCAAUGAAAUCCUCUAGCAAUAUAGAUAAUGCAGACCAAAAAAAGACCAAAACAAAAUUGAAAAAGUUUCUUACACGAAGGCCAACACUUCAGGCAGUGAGAGAUAAAGGCUAUAUUAAAGAUCAAGUGUUUGGAUGCAAUUUAAACAGUCUUUGUCAGAGAGAAGGCACAACCAUACCUAAAUUUGUGACGCUGUGUAUUGAUCACGUGGAAAAAGAAGGCUUGAAUAUUGAUGGUCUGUAUAGAGUAAGUGGCAACCUGGCUGUGAUACAAAAACUGCGAUUUGCUGUCAACCAUGAUGAAAAGCUGGACUUGAAGGAUAAUAAGUGGGAGGAUAUUAAUGUAAUUACUGGGGCUCUCAAGAUGUUUUUCAGAGAACUUCCAGAGCCACUCUUCACAUAUCAUCUUUUUAAUGAUUUUAUCAAUGCAAUCAAAUCUCCAGACUACAAGCUCCGCAUUCAGGGUAUUAAAGAACUAGUUAGACAUCUACCUAAACCAAACCAUGACACGAUGCAAGUUCUGUUCAAGCAUCUUGUGAAGGUUGUUGCCUGUGGUGAGCUAAACCGAAUGACCACUCAGAGUGUUGCCAUAGUAUUCGGGCCAACUCUCCUCAGGCCUGAGAAAGAGGUGAACAAUAUUGCAGUGCACAUGGUAUACCAGAAUCAGAUUGUGGAAUUGAUCUUAACAGAAUAUGAGACCAUAUUUGGACGCAGUUGAAAUACACUGCGAAAGGAAAACACAUCUACCAAAACCCUUAAGUGUUUUUUUUGUAUUUUGAGUUGACCAGAAAAUGGUAAACUUUGCACUUGUUUUCCACUGUUUUAUUUUUUAAAUGAACUGUAGUUUUUUUUAAAUGGUUAUCAUUCUUGAAAGCAGGUGUUUUGCUUAAGAUGUAAUGCAGACAUGCAAGAGUGCAUGUGACCUGGUUAUGACAAAGAGUGAAGACUUAAGUAUACGAUAGUUACAUACACUGGGCUCUUUUGCAACAAUAUUUGCCUGAGAGACUUAGCAGUACUCUUUCAUGCGUGUGUACGUAUUUUUAGGAGAUUUCCAGCAUAUAGUUGGCAGUCCUCACAUCCAGCCUUUCCUGCUGUUUGAUGUAGCAGAAAUUCUAAUACUGUAUAUUGCUCUUGAGUCCUUACUGAAGCAUUGGCCAGAUAUUGUGUAAUUUAUUUUUUAUAGGUUUACUCAAAAGGCAAAAGCUGAAUUGUUAAAUGCUGAUUUUCUUUUUCCUGGUUGAAUAUGGACAGAAAACAGUCCUGCACUUGCUGUACCCUCAGCCUGCUGUUAAAACAGGGGUUAUGAUCACAUCCAGUGUUUGAAAUACUAGUGAUGUAUAGAUGAACAAAGAAUAUAUGUUAAAAUAACAUGUCCUCAGCCAAACUGUAUAAUAUAGUCUGUGUAUAGUUCCUUAACAAAGUAUGUUUUCCAUACAGUAACAUUUCUAAUCAAAUUUUGCCAGCUUGUAAUAAAAUUGCUGGUCAGUGUAUCAUCUGAGAUCAGUACUAAGAGCUUUUAGGGGUAUUUUAAUGACAGGCAACACAAGGGGCUAUUCUUAGGUAUACUAAGAAGCUGUGUGCACUUUUUAGCUAUUGGUAAUUUCAGUGCAGGGCAAAUCUUAACCAUUUGUAUUUCAAAUGGUACUGGAAAGUAAUGUGUAGGCUUGUGCUUUCUAGGUGCUCUACAACAAUAGCUGUUUAUUUAAAAAUGUACAGGCAAAAAUUUGAAAAAAAUCUGCUUAGCAAUUUAUUGCACAGUAAGUGCUAACAGUUAAAGAAAUCAUCAUGUAUGCACUGAUGGGUAUUAAGGCAGAUACACUUGAAGCUAAAUUGAAUUUUCUCGUUUUAAAAGUGUGGACUGGUUGUGUUACAGGUUUUUAUUGGAAUACUACCUGUUUCUGGGCACAUGAUCUGAAGAAUUUUUUGAAUGUAUUUUUUUAAACUAACUGCUGUAUGACAAUAUUCUAAUCAAAGAUUAAA